GACGAUGAGGCGCCUGCUGCUCCUGCUGCUGGUCCUGCGGGAGGCCCAGAGCCGUGUGCCCUCCAAGCCCAACUUUGUCCUGAUCGUGGCGGACGACCUGGGCAUCGGCGACACCGGCUGCUACGGAAACAAGACCCUCAGGACUCCCAACAUCGACAGGUUGGCCGACGAGGGAGUGAAACUCACCCAGCACCUAGCGGCCUCGCCCCUGUGCACCCCGAGCCGGGCAGCCUUCAUGACCGGCCGGUACCCCGUCCGAUCAGGAAUGGCGUCUCAGACGCGAAUCGGCGUUUUCCUCUUCUCGGCCUCCUCGGGGGGACUUCCCAACACUGAGGUGACGUUCGCCAAACUUCUGAAGGACCAAGGCUACGCCACCGCUCUGAUAGAACCGUGGCACCUGGGCACCCACUGCCACAACAACUCCGACUUCUGCCACCACCCGUCCAGCCACGGCUUCGACUACUUCCACGGGCUGCCCGUGACCAACCUGCGGGACUGCAAGCCGGGCGCGGGCAGCGUCUUAACGAGACUGGGUUUCCAGGGCGAUCCAUGUUUUUGGGGGUUUUUUAGGAUUUUUUUAUUUGUAUUUUCUUGCAGGAAUGCGGAGAGGCCCUUCCUGCUCGUCUUCUCCUGUAUCCAGGUCCACACGGCCCUGUACGCGUCCAAGGACUUUGCCGGGAAGAGCAAGCACGGUGCCUACGGGGACGCGGCCGAGGAGAUGGACUGGGGUGUCGGGCAGCUCCUGAAUGUCCUAGAGGAGCUGCAGCUGACCAACAACACCCUCGUCUACUUCACCUCCGACCAGGGUGCCCACGUGGAGGAGGUCACCCCCAAGGGAGAACGUCACGGGGGAAGUAACGGGAUCUUUAAAGGCGGCAAAGGCAACAACUGGGAAGGAGGCAUCCGCGUGCCGGGCCUGCUGCGUUGGCCGCGAGUGGUUAGGGCAGGCAGGCAGGUGAGCGGUUAGCAGCUAGCUGUCCUGGUUCACCUCACACCCUCACAGCCACCUGGUUGACCCCACAGGAUCAUCGACGGGCGCGACCUGAUGCCCCUCUUGCGAGGCGAAACCCAACGCUCCGAGCACGAGUUCCUCUUCCACUACUGCAACUUCUACCUGAAUGCCGUGCGCUGGCACCCGCCCAACAGCUCCUCCGUCUGGAAGGCCUUCCUCUUCACGCCCAACUUCGCGCCCGAGGGCGCCAACGGCUGCUUCCCCACCCACGUGUGCUUCUGCCACGGGCACUUCGUCACCCGCCACCACCCGCCGCUG